GAGACGCCGCAGGAGGAGAUCGCCCGGCUGCGCAAGAUGGAGCUGGAGCCGCAGCACUACGACGUGGACAUCAACAAGGAGCUGUCCACGCCGGACAAAGUCCUGAUCCCUGAGCGCUACGUGGAGCUGGAGCCGGAAUCGCCCCUCAGCCCCGAGGAGAUGAAGGAGAAGCAGAAGAAGGUGGAAAGGAUCAAGACCCUCAUUGCCAAAUCCAGCCUGCAGAACGUCAUCCCCCUGGGCGAGGGGGAGGUGGACACCCCCCAGGACCCUGAGAUGCAGCUGCAGGAGCAGGAGAAGAGGAUCGAGAUCUCGUGUGCCCUGGCUGCCGAGGCCUCGCGCCGUGGCCGGAUGCUGUCGGGUGAGGAAUGGGGGGCUUGGAGGGGCAGGUCCUGCAGAUCCCUGGGAGACUGAGGUGCCAAGGGGGCA